AUGUCCUGUCGAGGAGAAAGGAAGACUCUCCCUCGAGCCAUGCUGCUACUUCUCCUAGGCUUCCAGUUCACCAUUCCUCCAGUUUCAAAGGCCAGUGAGGAAACCACCACCCUUGUGUCUUUGCUUCCCUCGGUGGAGUUUGCCGUGAACACAUUCAACCAGAAAAGUCAGGGGGAAUAUGCCUACAGAGUAGAGCAAAUCCUGAGUUCCUGGCGGGAGGAAGAGAUGUCUUUUCCAGUUGCUUUCUCCAUAAAGCUUCAGCUGCGUAGAACCAUGUGCAAGAAAUUUGAGGAAAGCCUGGACACUUGCCCCUUUCAGUCGCGUUACAGUCUGAAUAAUACCUUUACCUGCCUGUUCACUGUUGGUUCCUUUCCCUGGGUAACACAAUUCAAGCUCUACAAGCUGUUCCCCAUGAUCCAAGCUUUACCCUGGCUUCAGCAGAACCAGAAUCAUGGGACCAUCAUGUUCCAGCCAAUAGGGGCUGGGACUAUCCUGGUAGAUUCCAUUGUUCAACAAUAUCAGCAGGUUUGA